GUUUACAUGUCAAGUGGUUGUCAAAAAUGGAUCGAAUAUAUUAGAUUUUCUUCUCCAUUGACUUUUUUCUCCGUAAUUUUCAAGUAUGUACUAAAGAAUAUUCUCUUUUCGAAUCGUUUAUUCUUCUGCGAUGGAGCCAUUACUAGAUGUGAAGAAAGAAAUCAAGGAAGAACCCAUUGAUACCAGGGGAGAAUGGAAUGAAAACCACCCUUGUGAUAAGCUAAAAGUUGAAAUAUUAGAAACAGAAUGUGAGAACCCGGAAAACCUUACUUGCAGAGAAUGUGAUGCUCUAUUCAUCAAUGAACAUGAACUCAAGUUACAUCGGAUGAUACAUUCAAAGAACCAUACAUGUUUCAUAUGCAAAGAGUUUGUGAAAAAUAGAUUUCAGUUCGUUGGUCAUGUCAGAAAACAUAUGUGUGCAAAGCCCUUCAAGUGUCCUAGUUGUGAAAGAAUUUUCCCAACAUCUAGAGAAACUAAGCUUCACCAACGGGUACACAGUGAUGACAGGCCUUUCAUGUGUACAGAAUGUGGAAAGGCCUUCAAGCAAAUUUCAACUUUGAAAGACCAUGAAGUUGUUCAUACUGGAGAAAAACGGUUCAAAUGUAAGAUUUGUGAAGGGGCCUUUGCUACAGCUACAAGCCUGCGCCGUCAUAUAAGAGUUAUGCAUGAAACAGUAAGGUCUUUCCAAUGUCAUUUCUGUAAGGAGGGCUUCACAAGUAAACAAGCUUUGAAGCAACACAUGGGAAUACAUAAAGAUGUUGACCCAUUGAAGUGUCAACUCUGUGGAGAAAGUCUGGAAACUUUAGAACAAUAUACAUCACAUAGAAAUAAGCAUAUAGAAAUGAGAAAAUCUGGGAGUUGUGACUAUUGUGGUAAUAAGACCUUCUAUUUUGGUCUUAAAGAGCACAUUGAGAAAAUGCAUCAACCUAGAUCAUGUAAUAUCUGUAGUCUAGUAUUUUAUGAUGAAAAAUCAAUAGAUAAUCACCAAAAGAGUCAUUUAGAGGAGCCAGAACGAGAAGAGUACAGCUGCCAUGUAUGUAACAAACAUUUUGAGUUCCCCAGAUACCUCAAAGCUCACAUGAAGCGCCAUGAAAUGGAUUACAAAAAGUUCCAGUGUGAUAUAUGCCAGAAAACAUUCUCCUCAAAGAGAGACCUGACAGAUCAUUUGAAUGUUCAUGCUGAUGUGAAGGAUUACAAAUGUCCAAUCUGUGAUAAAGCUUUCAGAACAAAGCAAAGUGUUAGUAAGCAUAUGCCAAUACAUUCUGAGAAACGCCCAUUCAAAUGCAACUUGUGUGAAAAAAGGUUCAAGAAGCAGUCUAUCUUGAGAAAACACUCAUUCACACAUUCACGUUCAAGGCCGUUUGGCUGUGACUUAUGUGAGAAAAAUUACAAAUCUAAGGAAUCCUUGAGAGUACAUAGACUGACGCACCAAAAAUCAAGAAUUAGAAGAUGCAAAAUUUGUAAAAAACAUUUUACAUUUGAAACCAUCUACAAAAAUCACAACUGUUUCAGCAAUUACCGAUUUGAUAUUAAUAAUCGUAGGUGUACUUAUUGCAAACGGCUAUGUAAAAGCAGUGUAACUUAUUGUUAUCAUAUACAGGGGCAUGCUAGACAAAGGUUAUUUAAAUGUAGUACCUGUAAUGUAUUUUUGAAAUUUCCAUAUCAAGUGAAAUUACAUGGGAUCAUGCAUAGAAGCCAAGAUAAAAAUAGUUGAAAAUCAGUUUCUUUCUGAUAGUACUGAUAAUACAAUAGGUAAUAUAUAUAUAUAUAUAUAUAUAUUAGAUUUAUUCCUAUGAGAAAAUAUUUUCAUUUGAAUUGAAAGAAAUAUUUAUUUCAGUUUCAAUUACUUGGGUAGGUGAAUAAUUGGAAUAAAAUUUUAUUUUGAGCCAAUAUUUAUUAGUUCUAGUCUGAAUGUUAAUACUUGUAGAUUUUGAGCAGUUAUUGUUUUUGUUUUUCUUAUUUAUUAGAAUGAAUGUUCCGUUUCUUGAAUUAAAAAAAGUGGGAAAUUAAU